AUGAGGAGAUUGAAAAUUGGUAUUAGAACCCAGCUAAUGGUUCUUGUGGGCUUUGCGUCGCUACUAUCGCUUCUAAUACUUGGUCUAGUCACAGGUAUAUACUUUAGCAACAACUUGAGAAGCCUACGAUCAGAGCGAUUAGAGGUUAUAUCACAGUUAAAAGCCACUCAAGUGAGCCAGUCAGUGGGGUUUAUACAAAUAACGGUGUCUUCAUUAGCACAAGUUGAGAGGAUACGAGAACCUUUACUGUCACAUCAAAAUGGCAAUGAGCUGUCAAACUUGUUUGACGGAGUAGAGUCAUUAUUCACACAAUACACAUUUACCGACCAAUUUGCAUCCGCUAGACUUUAUGACAAAGAUUAUAAAGUAGUCACAGAAACCACCGACGAAUAUGUUAUCAUCAAUGAAGAAACCAAGGAGAAAUUAUAUCCUAUACCGGAAGGAGGCCCUCUACCGGCAGUGGUAGACCAUUACACAAACAUCAAUAACACAUUUUACUAUACUGGUCCAUUGCCUAAUAACACAGGGCAAACAGAAGACCCCUAUUUUGUUGGGUUAACUGUGGCAAUUUACGAUCAAAAUGCAACCGACACUAUAAUAGGCUAUCUUUCUGUUAUUUCAUCGGCAUCAUCUAUCUCAUCUGCAUUAAAUUCCACCUCGAAUGAUUAUUGGACUACCGCGGUAAAACCGGUUUAUAGCGACAACACAACUGAUUAUGUUGAAAACAGAACCGCAGAUUCCCUAAUAGGAUUUGCGUCAGUUUUCCCCAACAAUGGAGCAUAUAUACAACCAGACAUACUAUACAACGUCAACAGCUCGUCACUUGUUGGUCCAGCUUUCAAUUCAAAUUCUUCACUGGGGAUCAAAAGAAAUAUAAAGUCAGUGACUGGAGUCAAAGUAUCAACUGCUUACUACAAAGUGCGAUUCGGCAACUGGGAGUGGUUGAUUGUGACGUCUCAAAAACAAUCAUCCUUUAAUGCACCAGUGACCAAAAUGACGCACAUCAUUAUUGGGGUGACUAUUGGUGUAGGGUUCUUCAUGUGUGCAGUGACCUUUACCUUGGCUGUUUGGUUUAUACGACCAAUAACUAGAUUGAAGGAAGCCACAGAGUCAAUCACUAGGUACAGAAAGGGCAAAAAGGGAGCGAAAAAGACGCUGAAUAAUGGGGGUGAGUCCCCUCCUAGUUCUAGUGACACUUUGAACGAUGAAAAAUUGUCCAACAGAGACAGUGUUCAUUCGAUGUCCACCAAUGGAUCGGAAAAUGUGCAUUCGAGUGGGAUUCGGUUACCAUCAAGGAUUCCCAGAUCCAAAAUGAUGUUCAAAGAUGAACUCACUGAACUAUCUGAAGCGUUUAACAUAAUGACUGAGGAGUUGGAAAAACAGUAUAUGCAUUUGGAAGACAGAGUCAAAUUGAGAACAAAGGAGUUGGAGGCAUCGAAAAUUGAAGCAGAGGCGGCAAAUGAAGCAAAGACAGUUUUCAUCGCCAAUAUAUCUCAUGAGUUGCGUACACCCUUGAAUGGUAUACUUGGAAUGUCAUCAAUUGCAAUGGAAGAAGACGACCAGGAUAGAUUGAAGGAUUCACUUAAAUUGAUCUACAGAUCUGGUGAGCUAUUACUACAUAUCUUGACUGAAUUGCUAACCUACUCCAAAAACACAUUAAACAGAUCGAAAUUGGAAAAGUCCAACUUCCAAAUCCUUGAAAUUGUCUAUCAAAUACAUUCAAUCUUCACCAAACUAGCCUUAGAUCAGAGAGUUAAAUUUAAAAUGCAAGUCAAGCCUCAGAUUUUCAGGAAAUUGAUUCUAUAUGGCGAUUCCAACAGAAUUAUUCAAAUCAUUAUGAACUUAGUCUCCAACGCAUUGAAAUUUACUCCCGUUGAUGGGUCAGUUAGCGUUUCUUUCAAAAUGAUUGGAGAAUAUGACUACGAGAGAUCAAAGAAGGAAAAUUUUGAACACGUUUAUAUACUAGACGACAAAGCUGAAGCGACAAGCACAUCUAGGCGCUCGUCAAAGGGAAGAACCAAUUUGAUGUCUCCAAUAACUAGACCCGCUUCCCCUGUGUCACCUGUGUCACCUGUGUCACCUCAACAAAAGGCGCCAGUUUUGUCUCCAGUAUUCGAGUUUGACAAAUCAAAAGAUUACUUUAGCGAAAAGCCAGCAGCUACAAUCAGUCCCACAAACACAGACGUUGCUCCUGGACAAACUGACCCACCUAAUCACGAAGCACUCAGCGAGAAGGAACAAGUUCCUACUAAUAUAACCACGAAUAACGAAAUUAAUGACACUAACGAUAAUGAGCAAACACCAAACACUGAUGUAUCUGACGAUGACAAGCAUUCGAUAAUCACCCUAGCAACGGUACAAUAUGAACACAAGAUACACGAGUCGCAAUUCCACAACAAGCCACUCCCAAUGACUCCAAACAUAAGCCCAGGCAACUCAUUGGAAAGGAUUCCUACACGAACUAGCAGAACCCCAUCUGUCACCACUGUCAACUACGAUCAAGCAUACAAGUCCAACCCAAUGUCGUCACCCAGUGAGUACAAGGCAUAUCCCGCAUUAGACAAACGCACAGAGUUUGACGCAAACAUGUCCAACCAUGAGGUUGUCAAGGAGAACAAAGCAUUCAAGAUUAGGAAAAUGUACAAACCUAAAACAUGGGUGGUUCAAAUCAAAGUAACCGACACAGGGUCAGGUAUCGAGCCAGCUUUACAAGAAAAAGUAUUUGAGCCAUUUGUACAAGGAGACCAAACAUUGAGUCGAAGUUAUGGAGGAACAGGGUUGGGGUUGAGUAUCUGUCGUCAAUUAUCAAAAAUGAUGAGAGGUUCUUUAACUUUGGAUUCCAAAAUUGGAGAAGGUUCGUGCUUUACUUUGACAUUGCCGUUACCACAAACUGGUGAAAUUGUUGUUCCGCCACAAGAUUUAGAAAUGUUUUGCGAUGACGAGUUUAAUCCAAUGUCAAAGAGUAAUCGAAGAGUUGUAUUUGAUGAGAAUGCUGUCGUUGUGAGUGCUGUCGGUGAUAAGGACACAUCCAACAAUAGUAAUAGUACAAGCAGUGGAUCAACACACGGCGAUGGAACAUAUUCGUUGGCUGAAAGAAGCGAUGCAUCAAUUUCGACAAAUCCAACGCAUGAUGAGUCCUCGCAAGGACAUGCCGAUGGUGAUGAUGAAGAACAAAAUUCAUCAGUUCUGCCUUUGAAUGCCAAACCACUCAAACGUUCAGUUGUGACUUUGAAAUCUAAAAACAAUUUGCUCAACAUAUACGCAGAAAAGCCAGAGUUACUCCACCAUGGUUCAACUGGUACCGCUAAUUCAGGCAUGAGCGUGAAUCCAAGUGACAAAGACAACCAUUUGGACCACGAAGAUGACAAGUGUAAUCCACAUGACAAGCAUGAAUCGCGUGACGGCAUAAAUAACGGUGAUAUCAAAGCAAAUGGCAAAAAUCAUUCACAGCAACAUAUUCACCAUAGCGAUUUCGAAUCCGUGACCGACAACAUAACACCAUUAAAGAUCUUAAUCGCUGAAGACAACAAAGUGAAUCAGGAAGUCAUCAAACGCAUGAUGAAACUCGAAGGAUUUACAAACUUGACAAUGGCAUGCAACGGAGCUGAAGCCAUUGAGUUUGUCAAAUUGGCCAAUGAAGCCAACGAUCCAUUUGCACUUAUAUUCAUGGAUGUGCAAAUGCCCAAAAUUGAUGGAUUGUCAGCUACGAAAUUGAUUCGUCAAGAAUUGCAUUAUGAGCGUCCGAUUAUUGCCUUGACUGCGUUUGCUGAUGAGAGUAAUGUUCGCGAAUGUUUUAAUUGUGGCAUGAAUGGGUUUUUAUCCAAGCCGAUUAAGAGAAACAAUUUACAGCGGAUUUUCAGAGAGUUUGGACUGCUCUUGUUGGAAGAUGCAAAAAGGAAUGAAGGUGAACACGAUGGAGAAAAGAAGAAUUGA